AUGGCCAAGAACUGCCCUGCUCCCUAUCGUGAGGGUGAAGUUCCUCGUAUGGCUUCUCGUUUCGGUCCUGGCGGUCCAGGAAAGCACCGCAGGAAGCACGGCUCUCGUCCAAAGCCUGCUGCUCAUUAUGCUCUCGCUGAUGAUGCUCUGACCUUUGGUUUUGACCAGCCCGGUGCUUACUAUGCCCAUCUCGCCCACUACACCCACUAUGCUCUCUUGGCUUCUUCUUCCUCUGCCAGCUUUAUUUUUGAUUCAGGUGCUUCUACCCACAUUUGUAACGACAGAAGUCUCUUCCAUGACAUCGUUCCUCACUCUGGUUCUGUCAUGAACGCCGGUCACGAGCCUCUCUCGAUUGCCGGUCGUGGUACUCUUGUGUUUGAUCUCCAUGGUCAGAAGAUUCGUGUCUUUAACGUUCUUCACGUUCCUGACUGUACUCAGAAUCUUCUUUCCAUCCUGGCUGUUACUACUACGGGCGACAAGCUUGUUAUCUCUCAUGAUGACAUUGUUCACCCUAAGUAUGGCCAACUUGCUACCAGAGACCUGAGAAAUCUUUACUUGCUGUGUCUCGAAAUUGUCCGCCCCUCGACUGUCUCGCGGGCUAACCACUCUGCCUACUCGGCCCCCGCUCCUGUUACGGUCGCUACUCCUGCUGCGGACCCUGGUGUGGCACCUAUUUCUGCCUCUGCUCUUGUCCAUGCUCGCCUUGGCCACCCUUCUCCGACUGUCGUUCGUCUGGCCUUGAAAUAUCCGAACAUGCCUCGAACGGCUGUUCACGACUCGAUUUCAUGUGAAGCAUGUCUUCGCUCCAAGAGCACUCGGGUUAUUCCCAAAACGACCACCGGUCCAGUCACAUCUGCUCCCUUGCAACUUCUUCACUGUGAUUUGUCCGGUCCUCAUGCCGGUGGUCCCUCCUCGUUGUUUUAUUUUUGUAUUCUUCUUGACGACUUUACUCGCUUCAAGGCUGUUGGCCCUAUCCUCAAGAAAUCGGAUGCUGCGGACUUCAUUAUCAAAGUUAUUAAGGCAUGGACAAACCACUUCUCCAGUCGUGGUGGCUACCGUGUCUGUAACUUUCGUUCUGACAAUGGAGGUGAGUUUGUCAAUCUGACGCUUACUUCAUUCUUUGCGGCAGAAGGUAUCCAGACCCAGCUCACUGUGCCUGGUAACUCACAUCAAAAUGGACGUGCUGAAAGAGCGAUUCGCUCCGUUCUUGACAAAACGCGUACCAUGAUUACUGCGAGCUCUCUUCCUUCGCCCCUCUACCCGCAUGCACUCCAACAUGCUGCAUUUCUCCUAAACCGGCUACCAACACCUGUUCUCCAAAAUCGCUCGCCAUUUGAACUCUGGCAUGGCGCGAGGCCUAUCUUAUCUCAACUUAAAGUGUUUGGGUGUGCUGCCUUUGUGAAUGUUCCACCCAAUCACCGUCAACUGAAGUUGGUCGCUCGUGCAAUCAAGGGUGUUUAUCUUGGAUCUGAUCCGUUUCGGAAAGCUCAUCUUGUUUAUGAUCUCGCUACCAGACAAGUGAUUACCUCUUCUCAUGUUCGGUUCCAGGAAAAUGUCUUUCCUUUUGCAAGACCUCUGACGUCAACUGUCGUGUCGGCUACCUCCAUUGGUGGUGGUGGUAGUGGUGGUGGAAGUUUUCCUUCUAUUCUGGCACCCGCUCCAGGCCUCACUCAGGGUCCUCAUGUAUCUCUGGCCCCAUCUCCCUCACCUCCAUCCACGCCAUCUGGCAGUACUGUUGCUCAAUCGCCAGGUUCAUCUGCAGCUCUGUCGUCUGCUUCGGCACCGGUCUCUCCUGCUGCAUCUACUACUCAUCUGUCGCAGCCUCCGUCGACUCCUACACCGGUGCCUUCUCCUAUUCUGGUGCCUUCUCCUAUUCUGGUACCUUCUCCUACUCCGGCGCCUGCUUCUGCUCCGGUAUCUUCUUCUGCUCCGGUACCCUCUACUUCGGCGGUCCAAACUGCUCCUUCCCGUGCAGUUGUUCCGGUUCAGAGGUCCGAUCUGCCUCCCUAUGAUCCCUACGAGCUGUCUGACGACUCCUACACAGCUCCUGCUUCUCGUGAGGUACCAUCCAUUCCUGCUCCUCGUAAGGUACCAUCCCUUCCUGCUCCUCGUCAGGUACCAUCCCUUCCUUCAACUCGUAAGGUGCCAUCUCUUCCUUCUACUCGUACGGUACCUUCACUUCCAGCACCUCGUACAGUACCCUUACUUACUACUGCUCCUCUCGGUCUUCCUCAUCCUGCGGUUGAGGCUCCACCCACUAUCCCUGGAUCUUCAUCAGCCAUACCCAUGGAAAUAGUUUCUACGGAUACUGAGCCUGAGCCUAUGUCUGAAGAUGGCAAUGACAUGGAAGAAGAAUAUCCAGAUCCGUCCACCUAUAUGGACAUCGUGGUGAUGGAUUCGGAUGAUCUUUCUUCUUAUCACGACUCGGAAAUGGAGGAUGCCUCCGACAUGGAUCCCCUUCCGCUUAUUCGUCCUACUUCUAAUAUGGAAAUGGAGGACACCUCCACCACUUAUUCUCUGCCGCUUACUCGUCAUACUCCUACUACGCAGACUGUGGUGUCCUCUACACCUCCACCUCCUCCUCAACCACUGCCUCGGGUGGUUCAAUCCGACUCUCCUCAAUCGUCUCCUAUUAUUGAGGUUCCUGAUUCUCCCCCACUUCAAUCUCGUCCUCCGCAAUUCCUCCUCCCUCCGGGUCUUUCUCCUACUCGUCUCAUUGAGUUGCCUGCUUCAGGGGGGAUGGAACUCAUCCUAUCGCUGACUGACCGUGCCUUGGUCCCUCUGAAUUCUGAGGCCAACAACGAACUAACUCAUCUUGUUGUAUCGCGUCCUCCUCCGGUGAAUGGGGUUAAGCAUAAACUCACCCCGGUUCCGUCGCGUGAUGGAACACAUCCACAAACACUCAAGAGGGCGCACAGACCAAUACUUGCUCCAACACGGUCACAGAGACAACAGGACAAUCAAAAUUUGAUCAGCUAUCCGCAGAGACAACAAAUUGAGUAUAUUACCACCGAUAGUGAAUCAUUUUCAGAAGCAGACAAUCCCAACGAUCCCGACUACACAGAAACACACGGCCAACCUCUUAUUAUGGUCCUCAACGAGAACGAUGGAUUGAAGCUAUGA